AUGGAGCACAUUCCCACACCUCCCGUGGCGAUCCAUCCCCGGAUCACCGGCGGCCGCAGGCAGCCGCUGCCGCUACCCCUGAAGAGGGCCCUCCUGGCCGCUAUCACUGUCGCGGCCGCUCUCUCCAUCCUGUGCAUCCUGUCCUUCACCGACACGCUGUCCUUCCUGGGGUUCCGGCCCCGCGACGUCGACAAGAGGGACGGCAACCGGAGGUACCUUUACUGGGGAAGCCGCGUCGACUGCCCCGGCAAGCACUGCGGCUCCUGCGCGGGCCUCGGGCACCAGGAGUCCAGCCUCCGCUGCGCCCUCGAGGAGGCCCUCUUCCUCGACAGGGUGCUUGUCAUGCCUGCAAAGAUGUGCCUGAAUUCAGUGCACAAUACAAAGGGGUUCCUUCAAUCAAGCAAUGCAACUUCACAACAAAGGUGGGAGACAGGUUCUUGUGCAAUGGAAUCUUUAUAUGACAUCGACCUCAUAUCAAGAACUGUACCUGUUAUUUUGGAUAAUCCACGCUCAUGGUACGAGAUAAUAUCAAGAAGUACAAAACUCGGUGAGGAUGGCUUGGUGGUGCAUGUGCAAGGGGUUAGCAGUGCUGAACUCAAACAAAAUUCAAAUUACUCUGGUGCUCUCCUCAUAAACCGCACAGCAAGUCCUCUUACUUGGUUUAUGGAGUGCAAGGACCGGACCAAGCGUAGCUCUGUGAUGUUGCCAUACAUUUUUCUGCCAACAAUGGCAACAAGGAAACUGAGGGAUGCAGCAAACAAGAUGAAAGAGAUACUUGGUGACUAUGAUGCUAUUCAUGUGAGACGAGGUGACCUACUAAAGAAUAGGAAAGAUAGAUUUGGUGUUGAGCGAAGUCUUCAUCCUCAUCUUGACAGAGAUACUCGCCCUGAGUUUAUCAAGAAAAGAAUUGCAAAGUGGAUUCGACCAGGUCGCACUCUUUUCAUUGCCUCAAAUGAAAGGACCCCAGGCUUCUUUUCAUCUCUAUCAGACAAGUACAGGCUAGCAUAUUCAUCUAACUUCAGCAGCAUAUUGAAUCCGGUAAUCGAGAACAACUAUCAGUUGUUCAUGGUGGAAAGGUUGAUUAUGCAAGGCGCGAGGACGUUUGUGAAGACAAUGAAAGAGUUCGAUAAAGAUCUUGCUCUCUGUGAUGAUCCAAAGAAGAAUACCAAAGACUGGCAGGAACCAGUUUAUACAGAUGACUGA